GCUUGGAGACAACUCCAUGUCCUAAGUUCGCUCAGCCGGUGCAUAGCCUUGGCCGGACAGGCCGGGCUGACCGGGCAGUCCCGUCUCUUCCCGCAGGGCUCCCUGAGGCUGCCAGGAAGAGCCCCUGACCAACCCCAGGAUUCUCGCCUGGUGCAGUUGUCCAGGAUCUCUGAGAGUCUAAGCAGAUCGUGAGGAGAUAGCUGAGAUGCCCUGUAUCCAAGCCCAAUAUGGGACACCAGCACCGAGCCCAGGACCCCGUGACCACCUGGCAAGCGACCCCCUGACCACCGAGCUCAGCAAGCCAACGAUGGACCUGGCCAGCCCUGAGGCAGCCCCCACGGCCCCCACCGCCCUGCCCAGCUUUAGCACCUUCAUGGAUGGCUACACAGGGGAGUUUGACACCUUCCUCUACCAGCUGCCAGGAACAGCCCCGCCAUGCUCCUCCGCCUCCUCUUCGGCCUCCUCCACAUCCUCAUCCUCGGCCACCUCCCCCGCCUCUGCCUCCUUCAAGUUUGAGGACUUCCAGGUGUACGGAUGCUACCCUGGCCCCCUGAGCACCCCCCUGGAUGAGACUCUGUCCUCCAGUGGUUCCGACUACUACGGCAGCCCCUGCUCGGCGCCAUCACCGUCCACGCCCAGCUUCCAGCCGUCCCAGCUCUCUCCCUGGGAUGGCUCAUUCGGUCCCUUCUCACCCAGCCAGACGUACGAAGGCCUGCGGGCAUGGACAGAGCAACUGCCCAAGGCUUCCGGGCAUGCCCAGCCGCCAGCCUUCUUUUCUUUCAGUCCCCCUACUGGCCCCAGCCCCAGCCUUGCCCAAAGCCCCUUGAAGCUGUUCCCUUCACAGGCCACCUGCCAGCUGGGGGAGAGAGAGAGUUAUUCCAUAUCAACGGCUUUCCCAGGCCUGGCGCCCACUUCUCCACACCUGGACGGCCCAGGGAUGCUGGACACACCCCUGCCGUCAACCAAGGCCCGGAGUGGGGCUCCAGGUGGAAGCGAGGGCCGCUGUGCUGUGUGUGGGGACAACGCUUCGUGCCAGCAUUAUGGCGUCCGCACCUGCGAGGGCUGUAAGGGCUUCUUCAAGCGUACAGUGCAGAAAAAUGCCAAGUACAUCUGCCUGGCUAACAAGGACUGCCCUGUGGACAAGAGGCGGCGAAACCGCUGCCAGUUCUGCCGCUUCCAGAAGUGCCUGGCCGUCGGCAUGGUGAAGGAAGUUGUCCGGACAGACAGCCUGAAGGGGCGGCGGGGACGGCUCCCUUCAAAGCCCAAGCAGCCCCCGGAUGCCUCCCCUGCCAACCUCCUAACCUCCCUGGUCAGGGCGCACCUGGACUCUGGGCCCAGCACCGCCAAACUGGACUACUCCAAGUUCCAGGAGCUGGUGCUGCCCCAUUUCGGGAAGGAGGAUGCUGGGGAUGUGCAGCAGUUCUACGACCUGCUCUCGGGUUCCCUAGAGGUGAUCCGCAAGUGGGCGGAGAAGAUCCCAGGCUUCGCGGAGCUGUCCCCUAGCGACCAGGACCUGCUGCUGGAGUCGGCCUUCCUGGAGCUCUUCAUCCUCCGCCUGGCAUACCGGUCAAAGCCUGCCGAGGGGAAACUCAUCUUCUGCUCCGGCCUGGUCCUGCACCGGCUGCAGUGCGCCCGUGGCUUUGGUGAUUGGAUUGACAGCAUCCUGGCCUUCUCUCGGUCCCUGCAUAGCUUGGUCGUUGACGUCCCUGCCUUCGCCUGCCUCUCUGCGCUCGUCCUCAUCACGGAAGGGACCCAGCCAUGGAGGACAAAAUCCAAGGCAUUUUGGGCCAAGGGAAACGACCGGCAUGGGCUGCAGGAGCCUCGACGGGUGGAGGAGCUACAGAAUCGCAUCGCCAGCUGCCUGAAGGAGCACGUCUCGACCGCAGCAGGAGAGCCCCAGCCAGCCAGCUGCCUGUCUCGCCUGCUGGGCAAGCUGCCCGAGCUGCGGACCCUGGGCACCCAGGGCCUGCAGCGCAUCUUCUACCUCAAGCUGGAGGACCUGGUGCCCCCUCCGCCCAUCGUCGACAAGAUCUUUAUGGACACGCUGCCCUUCUGACCCCUGCCCAGGAACACGCGUGCAACACGUGUGCACACUCAAGACGCCACCCCACGUGCCUUUAACCCACGGCCCACGGCCCCUCGGAGCACCCCUGCCCCCAAAGCCCGGCCUGGGCUCCAGCUGCAGACCGGCCGGCCUCCCCACUUGGGCUGGUUGGUUUGGCAGGGAGCUCGCACCCCAGGGGAGGGGGAUGCAUUCACAGGGGGGACCCCUACUAUUUGUCUUAACCGCCCCCAUGCCCGGCCCUGGCCUUCAUGUUUUUGUAAGAUAAACCGUUUUUAACACACACCGCCAUGCUGUAAAUAAGCCAAAUGCCGCUGUAAAUACAGGAAGGAAGAGGCCAGGAUGGGAGUGGGGGCUGGGAGGGAGGGACAGCCCCCACCAGCCGGGCAAGCCUUCCCCCCUCCUUGCACCUGCUCUCUCUUCCCGCCCUCUUUCCACAUGUACAUAACCUUACUCUAGGAGGAAGACAAAUGACAGAUUCUGACAUUUAUAUUUGUGUAUUUUCCUGAAUUUAUAGUAUGUGACUUUUCUGAUUAAUAUAUUUAAUAUAUUGAAUAAAAAAUAGGCCUGUAGCUGAAA